AUGGGUACUGUAAAUGAUAGUUAUCUCCAGUGCGCGGCGUCAUUCAGCCUCCUAGUCAAGGUUCUGAAGAUUUCAUCUCAUAGCUUUACUGGCGAAAUUCCCCUCGAGGGCGUUGUUAACGAACAUGCACGCUUCAAUGUCUGGGCUGGAAGUGUCGGUGCGAAACAUCCCCCUCAUAAGCGGAUUUCCCUCGACUAUCGCCUUAGAGAUUCGAACUUUUAUACCAUUCGAGUCGUCGAGAUACUCCAGCGUCUUGAGAGCACACUAAAGAUUGCUAGCCAGCUAACAAGCGGCGAGCAACCGCGAUUUGAACGGGUUGAGCCUAAGUUUGAUCAGUAUCAAGACAAUGGCUCAGACCGAUCAUCGACAACCUCAUCAACUGAUAGCUCUAGCUCUGAUGAUCCUGAUAUGCUGACACCAGAGAGGCAAAUUGCGGUAUUAUAUGAAUCGGUUCAAAAUUCAGUGAGGCACCUAUACUCGCUCGCAAUGGUCAUUAGAAAGCCAGUAGCAACAGAUAGAUUGGCCAGAGCCUCGAAAAUAUCGAUAGACCAUUUCUAUUCAAUAGACCAACGACACAUCGAAGAAUGCUUCCCGGACGCUUCCCCAACGAUGAAGAAACGUUUAGGAAGUGCCAUCAGUCGUCGUCGUCAAUUACUCAUGUAUAAUGAGCAACAUUACCGCAAAUCAUCCGAGCCACAAUCAUCGAAAAGACCCGAAACCGCAGAUUUUUCAACUCCGCAGGAACCUCAAGACAAUAUCUCCGAACAAAUCCCCCAAUCCCCUCCAGAUGCCCUCGAACGCGUGAAGGUUCCAGAUGCGGACACAGUUUAUCAUGCAUCUAGUGUCUUACAAGGAAGCAUCCUGGCAAGCACUGAAGCAACCAAGUUUGCCCCUCCGGCCGAUAUGAAAGAGGAGCCAGAUACUCAGUCAGAAAGCGGAACCAUUUCCACCUUCGGAUUCACGGACGCCGGGGGCGAGAAGCUUUGGAUACCUCCCCGUCCGCAAUACAGUGACGGAGAGUACCUUGAGCAAUUUCUUUGUCCUCUAUGUUUCCAUCUGAUUGAGGUUAGAGGCAUGAGAGCAUGGACGAGACAUGUCUUCCGCGACCUUCAAGCAUACGUAUGUACUUUCGAUAAUUGCAAAACGUCUGAUACUUUAUUUGAGACUCGGCAAGACUGGAUUCAACAUGAGAUGGAAUAUCACAGGCGAGAGUGGCAUUGCAACGAUUCCCAGCACGCUCUUUGCAGCACUGAGAGUGACUUUGUGGCUCACAUGAAAACCUCUCAUAAGCUACAGCUUUCUGAGUCUCAACUACUAUCAGUAGUAAAGCUUUGUGAGCGUCCUAGUACGGCCGAUACCCAUGUCUGCCCAUUAUGUACAGGUGGGUACCGUAAGGUUGAAAAUGGCUUCGAAAAGUUCAAGUCCUCGUCAUAUGUUAGGCAGAUCAGCAGCAGCAUCUUGCCUGGGGCAUUAGACAACGAGAGUCUGAAUAUGGUGAAGUUACCAUUGGGAGAAUUUAACGAAAUCGCAAACGACACGGGCCUUGGAAAGAUUAUCCCGUGGGUCAACUCACUACCUGACGAAUAUGAAUUCCCAGAUGCUUCGAGCCCAAGAGCCCCAGAAGAGCCAUAUACAAGCCAUCCUGCUACCCCGCAAAGAGCAGCAUGUUCGGUCUCCUCGAACAUGCUGAAGCGGCAUCUUGGUCAACACCUUGAGCGUCUUGCUCUAUUCUCGAUUAACAGAUCCAAAUUCAUACCUGAAGAUGGAAAGUCAGUUUGUACAGAGGACGCAGUCGCUAGAUCUGACUCAUCUUUGGGUUCAUUUGAAUCUUGCGGUCGUCCGAACAGUGAUAGGGACUCUGAGGAAGGUCAUGUUGCGUUGGGAGACUCUGUCGAGAACAACAAGGUUGGGUACUCAUCUACGCGGAAGGCACCAAAUUUGGUCCAGCUUGUUCGCGAGACUCUUGUCGAAGGCAGCUUUAACGGAAGAUCAUUCCUCUUUUCACCUGAGGGCAGCCUUGACAGCAUCAUGACUGAGCAAUCGAUACUUCAGGCUUUUUACGAAGCAUAUCAAGUUCCCAGUGAUCUCACAGACAGUGUCCUGACAGAAACGGUAAGUACUAUCCUAAGGGGCAGCAAGAAGUUGCUGGCGAUCUUGGUCCUGUGUGGCUUCGAAAGUAUGAGACUAUAUCGAUUGAUAUCUCUUUUCAUUGAAAAAGGCCUAUCCGAUAAUCGAUUGCCGCUUGAGGAAUCAGUUCUGAGGAUAAUCUCUCGGUCUGAUCUCUCUGACACCCAGGAUAGCCGAGACAGUGAUGCCACUGGCAAAGCAUUGCAUAGCCUUUCUGGAUUUUCUAUUGAUAACUUCUGUCGCAUACAGCAGUGGAGGUUCUGUGCCCCCGUUUUCUCAGCUGAGCAAUGCACCUAUAACCUCCUCCCAAAUACCGCCCUGCCAUUUCUUAAAGAGGCCAACAUGGAAGCGUGGACAGUUGAAGGCGUUUCAAGAUAUCGUAUACAUAAGUGUCAUCUUGAAACAAGUGGCUGGGGAAUGCCCAGGCCAGAGUACGUCGCUAUCAAGCGUGUUAGGAGCCUAAGAGACGACUUCCUGAACAUCAUAAAGGCGCCUUACCAGAAACACAUCGUGAAGCUUUUCGCUGCUUUCAGUCUGGGCGAUUCCGAAACGCAUCUGAUGUUCGAAUGGGCUGAAGGUGGCAACCUUCGGAAUUUAUGGGAGGAGUUCCAGCCAGAGAAUCCGAAUGGGGACUUGGUGAAGGCCGUGAUAGAGCAACUUUCUGGAAUCAGCCAUGCUCUUGCAGAUCUCCAUUCCUGUGAUCUUAGGCAUGGUAGUUUGAAGCCUGAAAGCAUACUCUGGUUCAAAAGCAAAGAUUCCGCAAGAGACCCGAUUGGUAUUCUUAAGAUACAGGGUUUGAGCAUUACAGAUGAACACUCCGAUGUUCGUCAAAUGCAAUCAGAGAGAAGGGUUACAAUAUACGAAUCUGAGCGAUACGAGCCCCCCGAAAAUGGAUUGUUGGGUACACAAACGUUAAUAGCAAGGAUGAGAUCUCGCUCAGUCGAUGUAUGGGCUAUGGGAUGCAUUGCUCUGGAGUUUCUGGUCUGGAUCUUGUACGGCCCUUCCGGAGUGGACACACUCAACAAAAGCAUGGAAAUCAAUUCCUCUGCAUUUGAGCCCGAGGCAAAAUUUUGGCAAGUCGACAACGGGGGAAACAAAGCGGUUAAUGGCGUUGUGGUUAACUUGAUGGACCAAAUUGCCAAGGACCUUGGUCGCAUGACAGGGCAUACUGCCUUGAGUGAUCUAUUGGAGCUCAUCAGGGAUCGUCUACUCGUGGUUGAUCUACUCACUGGCUUUGGGUCGGCCAGGGAAGUCUCAGAUACGGUCAAUGAUAGCGAUUCCCACGGCUCAGGCUCGCACACAGCAACUUCCAUUAGUCCGGCCACGCUUCAGGGAACAAUGGAAGCUCCCGUAAUCACCGUGGCUGAACCUUUCGGCGCACAAGAACAAGGCCUGCCAGGUAAGGGCAAAGAACCAGUCAAGAAAGCAAGAGCUAGGGCAAAGGAAUUCUCGGAGCGUAUGGAUCGCAUCUUGCAUUCUGGCACUCGCGAAGAAUACUGGCUAUUUAGUCCGCCACUGCCGCUUCCGAGUUUAAGGCCCCAUGUUCUUCAUCCAAAUUCAGCAGAGCACAUUUCUUCAAAGGAGGGUAAGGACCCGGGAGUAAGCGCGGAGAUGGGCCGACAGAGGAUCGACGCAAUACAGAGCAGGGCCGGAGACCACAGCCUGUCUGUCAUGGAUGAAGAGAGUUGGAGCGCAAGCCAAACAGCAGACUCGAACCAGCCUAAAAUCAACCAAGGAGGAUCUACUUACACAAUCACCUCACCUGAGAGCAAGAUAGCAUUCGAAGCUCUCAGUUUUGACCUUUCGAGAUUUAAAUUCGAAGCUCCUCAGGAAUUUCAAGCUCUGGGUCACGUUUUGUCACCCAAACAACGACAGGAGGCUGAAGACGGCACGCUACACACCACGGCACGGAAGCUGGCUGCUCUAUUUGGACCAUUGCUUGAUCAAACGCCCAAUCUUUUCAAGGCAUAUGGCAUGAGGUGUUCUCAGAUUGUUUCAAACGGAGACCUCAAUCCUCUUGGUUCCGAGAAAGACGACCUUAUCAUUUCCCAAGAGAAAGGAGUGGAUUGCACUUCGAUAUGGGCCGCGGCGACUUCUGGCGAUCCAGCCGUUGCGAUGCAUCUACUGGCUUGUAUGAUUGCCCGAGCUUGGGGGACCCGUGAGGCUCUCUCUAUCUGGGCUGAAAUCGUUGCCCAACGACAGCAUGAAAUCCGAGAAAAGGAAAGUACUGGCUUGUCGGUGCUGCUAGCAGCAACACAAGAAGUCUCAAGAGGGCAACUGGCUCAAUGGGAUGCCAGCGCUCGGUCUUGGCUCCUAUUUGCAGAUCAGGCAAACGAGAUCAAGGUAAAGCAGACGCAGCUACAGCUUAUAAUUAAGAAUGUGGCGGCUUUGUCUAUCAAUAGCGCCACCAGUGUCUACGAAAAAGUCAUCCAUGCGUGGAAGGGCGCCAUGACACUGGUCGAAAACCUCAUUCAAGGUCGGCCACAGGCGGUACAUGAUCGCGACGUUCUUGUCGGACUGUCUUCUUGGCACCUUUUCCCAGACCUCAUCGUGCUGGGGGACACAGUCACCGAGGUCAAACAAAACGAUCCUCUAAUUGCAACAAGUGGAAUCCUAACAUUAGGCUCUGCUGAAACUCACUAG